CAGCGCCGUGGACAACAACCCGCUCUCCCUGUAUGUGAUGCAUCCUUUCUGGAACACCGUAGUCAAGAUUUUCCCUACGUGGCUGGCCCCAAAUCUGAUAACGUUUAGUGGCUUCCUGCUGCUUGUCUUCAACUUCUUCCUUAUGGCACAUUUUGAUCCUGACUUUUAUGCAUCGGCACCAGACCAGGCGCAUGUUCCGAGCCACGUGUGGAUCAUCGUGGGCCUCCUCAAUUUCAUGGCCUACACACUGGAUGGCGUGGACGGGAAGCAGGCUCGCCGCACCCAGUCCAGCACGCCGCUCGGGGAGCUCUUUGACCACGGCCUCGACAGCUGGGCGUGCAUGUUCUUCGUGGUGACGGUGUACUCCACCUUCGGCCGGGGGCCCAACGGCGUCAGCGUCUUCGUGCUCUACCUCCUCCUGUGGGUGGUCUUGUUCUCCUUCAUCCUCUCCCACUGGGAGAAGUACAACACCGGGAUCCUCUUCCUGCCCUGGGGGUACGACAUCAGCCAGGUGACCAUCUCCAUCGUGUACAUCGUCACGGCCAUCGUGGGCGUGGAGGCCUGGUACCGCCCGUUCCUGCUGAAUUUCCUUUACAGGGACUUGUUCGUUGCGAUGAUCAUCGGUUGUGCGCUCACCGUGACCAUCCCCAUGAGCCUGCUGAACUACUACAAAGCCCACGCCAGCAAGAUGCUGAAGCACCGCUCGCUGUACGAGGUGCUGCUGCCCUUCCUGUCGCCGGCGCUGCUCUUCGGCCUGUGCACCGCCUGGGUCUUCCUGUCGCCCUCGGACAUCCUGGAAGUGCAGCCGCGCCUCUUCUACUUCAUGGUCGGGACGGCCUUUGCCAACAUCUCCUGCCGGCUGAUCGUCUCGCAGAUGAGCAGCACGCGCUGCCAGCCGCUCAACUGGCUGCUGCUGCCGCUGGCCCUGGCCGUCCUGGCCGUCCCACUGCAGACACGGCCGGAGCACGAGGCCCUGCUGCUCUCCGUGCUCACCGGCUUCAUCACCUUGGCGCACGUCCACUACGGAGUCAGCGUGGUGCGGCAGCUGAGCCGGCACUUCAACAUCCGCACCUUCUCGCUGCGCAAGCCCAGCUCCGAUUGA